GCCAGCUGGCCCCGCCCCCCUCAGGUGCGGCUCAUUAAAAAGCUGUGAAAGGGCAAUAAUGGCGCCAGUUCGUCUGAAGCGAAGGCGCCAAACUUAAACUGCAAAAAUGUCAACCAGCGGAGUGGAAACGGCCGUCCAGAGCCCGCUGCUCUCCUCCAGCCUCUGUUUCAGCCCGUGGUCGUGUGUUUGUGCGAAGGGCUGGUCGGCGGCCGCUUGGAACGGCCUCCCCGACCCCCUGCGGGCCUCCGGAUGCUCCGCCCCCGAGCCGUGGCUCCUCCCUGGCUGCAGCUCUGUGUACGACAGCCUGGUCAGUAACGUGUCUCCGAUCCCGUCUCCGCCGGCCGCCAGCAGCCUGCGAGGACGAGACAAAGCUGCCGGCAACAAACCUCGCAGGCCGUCCAUCCUGGAGCGUUGCAUCCUCAAAGUGUCCAGCAGCAGCGUUGCUGUGGGGACGGACGAUCUGGACAGUCGGAGGCCUCCCCUCGGCCGAGGCUACCCCCGGCUCCUGGACCCAGCCAACACCGAGACCAACGCUGCGGUUCUGAAACGCCGGCAGAAACAGAUCCAGUAUGGCAAGAACACCAGUGGCUACCAGAACUACGUGCUGCAGGUCCCCAGACACCUGAGAGAUCCUAAGCUCCACCCGUCCACUCCCAAUAAGUACAGGAAGUACAGCCGGCGCUCCUGGGACAUGCAGGUGCGUCUGUGGAGGCGAGCGCUGCACCUGUGGGACCCUCCGACCAACGGCCAGCCGGAUGACACUCCGGACCCAGUGGAGCAACUGCAGACUCAGCUGGCCAAGAUGACCUCUGACCUGUGUGAGGAUGGAGGAGACGAGCAGAGAGAGAAGGAGGCUCCGGCAGCCUCCAAAGCCUCCUCUGUGUCUCCCGUGUCGGCCGUGACGUCCCUGGAGCUGCCCGGAGCCUGGAACAGUCCGCUUUCACCAGACGCUGAGGGAAGCCACGGGACGCUUCGCCCUCCACCCGGCCUGAGCUGCUCCUUCAGGACUCAGCUGAGCGCCGACGACGGCACGAGCGACUGGCUCCGCCUCCUGCUGGAGGCAGAUGACGCCCGAGAUUUCGGCUCUGAUGACCAGCAGGUUCCCGUCUUUUCUGACCACCUCCUGUGGAAUCCGUACUGAUCGGCGCUGAAUCUCCACAGACCUGAAACAAACGAGGCUCAGUGGACUGUUGCCAUCACCUGGACCUCGCGUGAUCUGAUCCCGUGUGGGUGUGUGUGUGUGUGUGUGUGUGUUUUCCAGUAUGUUUGUCUUUUUAAGGUAGUUGCUGAGAGCCGGGCUGUGAUUGGUCCCUGGUUCCAUCCACCCCUCCAGGAUGUGUUCUGCGAGCUGGGCGGAGGGCUGCGUCCUCGAGUCCGACAGCUGGACACUUUGACCCGAGCAUGGAACUGUAGUUUGCACCUUAUGUGUUUACGUUAACCUGCAUGGCGCACUUCUCACCUGCAUCAUGUUUCAGUUUGAUGCUGCUGCUGCACUGAAGGAAAACCUGGUUUUUGUACUUGAAGUCACUGAUGUUUGCCUGUUGAUCCCGUUCGGUGUCACUUUCUGGCCUCUGGGCUGUGGUGGUCUCUGCUCCACCAUCACCUUCAUGCUCUGCUGUCUGUCCUGCACCACCUCCCCUCUGCACCUCCAUGUUUUUUCUAAAAAACGAGCACCUUGACUGAUGGAGGAGAAAAGGCUGUUGCUUUGUGUUUGUUACUUUUCUUUUACUUUUUUGUGUUUUCUCUAUUUGUCAUUUUGUGCUGCUUAAUAAUUGAGAGCAAAGCUGAAACAUGUGAUUAAUAAAGAUGUAAAUAAAGUGUUCUGAAUUCA